AUGCACAAGCGCAAAGUGGUUCAAUUUUUGUCUAAGUACAUCCGUGGUCUGAAUACCGACCAAGUUUCAUCCAGACUUCUUUCAGGGGAAGUUGAGUUAAGAGAUGCCGAGCUCGAAGUGGCACCGCUGCAGAGCCUCCUCAACUCCUCGGGCUUCGUGCCCUACACCUUGGAGGUCCUGGCGGUUUCCUGUGACCUCAUCUCGGUGACUGUGCCAUGGAGCGCGCUUCGCUCGCGGCCGUUGCAGGUGAGGAUCGGCCACGUGAGAGCCCAGGUGAAGGUGCAUGACAUCAAUGAUGCAGCCUGGGCAGAGAUGAUUGCACCAGCUGCGGCACGGACGCCUGUGAAGCAAAGUGACUCCGCUCAGGAGCAGCACAGUCUACGAAUAUCAGACGUCAAGGUUGCUAUGCUUGAUGGCUUGCAUGUCUCGAUCGCAUCUUUGCAGCUGAUGCUAUGCAGCAGCCUCACUUCGUCGGCACAGUCUGAUGCCCAUCCAAUGUUUGCCUUUGAGCUGCGCUUGACUGGGAUCUCGUUGAAGCCCCUCACACCUGACCAGUUCCAGGAUUCCAAGAAGGCCAAGUUCCGUCAGAGAAGCCGAAGCUGGACAUCGCUGCAUCGGAGGCUGGAGCUGCAAAGCUUGGACGUGUCCGCUCUGAGCCUCACCGGCUCCUGCAGCGUGGCGCUGCUGUCGCUCUGCGGCUGCCGUGUGGAUCUGGUGGAGGGCAGGGAUGUUGGGCGCCGCGAUGGGCAAAGCUCCAGAAUGGCACUGGCACCACGUGAUGUUCGGGCAAGCCUGGUCUUGCGAGAGUGUCGUGCGCAUUGCGGUCGAGUAGAACUCGUCGACUUGAUAACCAUGAUUUGCCACGUAUCUCAACCACCCAUGCCGCCCCUCAGACUCCUGCGAGAUGCAACACGACAGCAUGUAGAAGGCAUUUUGGCAUCAAGAGAGGCAGUGGCUGUGUCGCGAAAGCGGCGGCAGAGGCAUGGACGGGAUGGACCGCAUGGGCUGCAUGCAGAUGCAGGUGGAGCCACCGUGAAAGCAUCUGGCGCGGUGGUAAUGGCCCAUGCUGCCCAACGGGCUGCUCAGGGGGCUGUUGCUGAUGCUACGGCUGCUGCUGAUGCAGCUGCGGAAAAAGCUCGUAGAACAGCUGCCGUGGCUGUUCACGGUGCUGUUCACAGUGCUGAACGUGCGGCUGUGGCUGCGCAGAGAGCUACACAAAGCGCUACCCAAGUGUUGGGUGGAGCCCGUCGCAGUGGGCAGGCAGCUCAGGCGGCUGCCGAGAAAGCAUUGGGACAAGCUGCGUCAUCCUCUAAGAAAGCCUUGGGCAGCUUUGGCACGCUGGUGCGCGGGAAUCUAACAGGGAAGCUUGCCACGCUCGCAACAAGCGCAAAGCCACCAAAGGCCCCGAUUGCUGGACCACAAGCAUCACAAGCAUCACAGGCCUCGUGUCCAGCUCCAGCUCUCAGCUUGGAGGAACAGGAAGAGCUGCAGUUGCAACAGGCUCUGGCCCUCUCUCUGCAGGAGAUGGAAGCAAUGGAAGCAAUGGAAGCCUAUGAGCAGACUGGAUCGGAGAAAGGAAAGCACCCAGAUGACCCUGUGAGUGUAACCGGCCCUGCAGAGCCCGCAGAGCCCGCAGAGAUAGAAGGAGCCGACGAUGUCGACGAUGCCGACCAACUGACUGCCGCUAACCAAUCUGGACACCAAGAUCUCAACGAGCGUGCAGAAUAUUACGAAGACCCCAGUGAUGUAGAGGAGGAAGAGGAUGUAGAGGAUGUAGAAGAGGAAGAUGAGGACAUCGAAGAAACCGAGACUGGCACCCAGGAUCUCGAAGAUGUCUGCCAUGGAAGUGGGGGGAGCUUCGGGGAUGCUGGCUUAGGCCCCAUGAGCCAUCUGUCUAUGGGCCACAAGUGGAGGCCGCCAAAUCUUCGGAUCCUUUCCUUGCAGAUUGCUUUCAGAAGCAUAUCUGUCACGCUCCCGGAUGGCCACGAGCUUCACGCACUGUCCAAUGAGGUUGGAACGCAUGGAAGGCGGGUGUUGCUGGAGAUGGUGGAUCUAAACCUCACAAUGGAAGGAUUGAUGCAGUUGCCGAAAGCUGAGAGGCUUUGCCUACAACGACUCGGGAUUGGAGAUAGCUCCGAUAGCUCAAAGCAAGACGUGGACCAGGAGGCUUCCAGCUUCAGUGGAAGUUGUGGGUUGACCCUGUGCUCUCUCGAGCUUGUAUUGCUGGAGAAAGAGCGCACCCCUCUCGUCCGAGUCCGCCCACUACAAGCAGCAUCGUGGGUCCUGACUGCCCGGCUACGCGCAGACAGUGCCCCAAAUGGCCCCAGCACGAACCACCAGUGCCGUGCCCGGGGUCGUGCCGAGGUGUGCAUUCAUGGUCUUGAGUUGCUUCCUCAGCCAGUGGCUUUGGAGAGUCUGGGGACGCUCCUGCUCACUUUCCAUCAGGCACAAGAAGCUGUUGCGGCAGUUCCCCCGUGCGAAAGCCACAAGCAUCCGGCUGGAACUGAUACUCAAGCUCACACUCUGGCUCCCACCGCUCUGGUUGCUCCUCCUGACAUUCAUGUGGAUGUCGUUCUUCGCAACACAAUGAUUGACCUUACCCUUCUGGCUCCACCUCCUUUGAGACCGCUUCGCCUCAUCAUACCCAGCGUCAGAGCUUGUUUGGGAGAGUCCCUGCCGAUACUUCCGCUGGCCGCUGUGCAUGCUUUGCAUGCUUUGCCACAAUUGCCACAGUGGCACGCGAUGCCAUCGAGCGGAGAUGGUCCGGACCCGGAUUGGCAUGUCUACAGCUGCUUGUGCACACGCAGCGGCCGCAGCGACGAAGCGCCGGAGUCAAAGAGUCUGGAAGGGAACUGGGAACUUCUUGUCACUGAGCGACAGUGGCUGGAAGGUGAAGAAUGUGUAGAAGAGCCGUCCGAGCAACGCUUGCAACGGUUGCUGCUGCCGCGCGAUGAGUUUCUCAGACUCUCUGCAUCGAAGUUGAAGGCCUUUGAGCAGAUGCAGCUCCAGGACGGAAUUGCAGAGGAGCAGCAUGCACAAAGCACUGCCACAAUUGCCAAGGAGAAGGCCAAUCGCCUCCCUGAGCUGCUUGAAGCAUUUGGAGCUCCAGACUUCGAAGUUGAGCUGGAAGCACAGUUGGAGGCGCUCCGGGUUGAGCUUCGGGCCUUGGACGAGCUGCGUCGUGGGGAUGAGGCAGAUCUGCGCGACUGCGAACGAGAGGCCUCGGCAAGGUUGGCAACUGCUGGGGGAAGCAAAAGACUGCAAGAACAAGUCCUCCGGCAGCAGCUAGAGGAAGAAAAGCAGAUCAGCGCAACACUGCAACAGGUCAUAACAAUGCAGGAAGCAAUCAUUCGUGAUCUUUCAGGAGACUAA